CCGGGCCCAGGGGCGCGGGCCGGGCGGACUCCGGGGCUCGCAGACUCGCGGCCCGCGUGCCAUGAGCCUCCGCGCCGGAGGCGGCAGCAGCGGGCGCCGGGCUGGAUCCCGCGUAGCGAGGCGGCCGGGCGGAUCCAGCGCAGCCGGGAGGCCGGGCAGAUGCCAGGCGGCGCGGCGGCGGUCAGCAGGUGGCGAACCCACGGCCAGGCUUCCGUGGCAAGCAGCCCUAGAGGAAUGGCCGUCCUGUCCCUGCGAGCCCCUGGGCCCUGGCAGGCGAUCCAGGUGGGAUGCUAUGGAAUAUGAUGAGAAGCUGGCCCGGUUCCGGCAGGCCCACCUCAACCCCUUCAACAAGCAGUCUGGGCCGAGACAGCAUGAGCAGGGCCCUGGGGAGGAGGCCCCGGACGUCACUCCUGAAGAGGCCCUGCCUGAGCUGCCCCCUGGGGAGCCGGAGUUCCGCUGCCCUGAACGCGUGAUGGAUCUCGGCCUGUCUGAGGACCACUUCUCCCGCCCUGUGGGUCUGUUCCUGGCCUCUGACGUCCAGCAGCUGCAGCAGGCGAUCGAGGAGUGCAAGCAGGUGAUUCUGGAGCUUCCCGAGCAGUCGGAGAAGCAGAAGGAUGCCGUGGUGCGACUCAUCCACCUCCGGCUGAAGCUCCAGGAGCUGAAGGACCCCAAUGAGGAUGAGCCAAACAUCCAAGUGCUCCUUGAGCACCGCUUCUACAAGGAGAAGAGCAAGAGCGUCAAGCAGACCUGUGACAAGUGUAACACCAUCAUCUGGGGGCUCAUUCAGACCUGGUACACCUGCACAGGGUGUUAUUACCGCUGUCACAGCAAGUGCUUGAACCUCAUCUCCAAGCCCUGUGUGAGCUCCAAAGUCAGCCACCAAGCUGAAUACGAACUGAACAUCUGCCCUGAGACAGGGCUGGACAGCCAGGAUUACCGCUGUGCCGAGUGCCGGGCGCCCAUCUCUCUGCGGGGUGUGCCCAGUGAGGCCAGGCAGUGCGACUACACCGGCCAGUACUACUGCAGCCAUUGCCACUGGAAUGACCUGGCUGUCAUCCCUGCACGCGUCGUACACAACUGGGACUUUGAGCCUCGAAAGGUUUCUCGCUGCAGCAUGCGUUACCUGGCGCUGAUGGUGUCUCGGCCCGUGCUCAGGCUCCGGGAGAUCAACCCUCUGCUGUUCAGCUAUGUGGAGGAGCUGGUGGAGAUUCGCAAGCUGCGCCAGGACAUCCUGCUCAUGAAGCCGUACUUCAUCACUUGCAGGGAGGCCAUGGAGGCUCGUCUGUUGCUGCAGCUCCAGGAUCGGCAGCAUUUUGUGGAGAACGACGAGAUGUACUCUGUCCAGGACCUCCUGGACGUGCAUGCCGGCCGCCUGGGCUGCUCACUCACCGAGAUCCACACGCUCUUCGCCAAGCACAUCAAGCUGGACUGUGAGCGGUGCCAGGCCAAGGGCUUCGUGUGUGAGCUCUGCAGAGAGGGCGAUGUGCUGUUCCCGUUCGACAGCCACACGUCUGUGUGCGCUGACUGCUCCGCUGUCUUCCACAGGGACUGCUACUACGACAACUCUACCACGUGUCCCAAGUGUGCCCGGCUCAGCCUGAGGAAGCAGUCGCUCUUCCAGGAGCCAGGUCCUGACGUGGAGGCCUAGCGCUGAGGAACAGUGCUGGGCACCCCACCUGGCCCGCCAGGACCCACCCUGCCAACGUCAAGUUGUUCGUUCUGCUCUGGAGACCCCUGGGGUGCGGCCCUGGACCCCUCCACCCCUGCUGGGCCAGAGUGGUGGGCAGUGUCAAGGCCCGCUGUCUCCCAGGUGCUUGCUGGGACUCGGGGCGGCCGCACCUGGCUGUCACCUGGGUGUGCUGCUGUGAGGGGUCCUUGCGUGGCCCCCAUCCUUCCCCCAAUGCAGAACUCCAUGGGCAGGGAGUUGGGGGGACAUCUCAUCUCCCCCAUGGCACAGAGCCCUCCACACCCCUGGACCAGGGCAUCCGGGCCCUAGAGAUUCCACAGCUCCUGUCCUGGCCACCCUGGAAACUCAUCAGGCCAAGACCCCGAGAGAGCUUCAGAGGAGUGUUGAGUAACACCUGAGGAUGCAGCUGCACACACUCAGCCAAGGGCCGAGUCUCACCUGCAGUGGGGUUUCGGCUCUGCCUGGGGGCUCCAUCCCUUUCAGCCACUCGUCGCCUUGGGGAUUUCUGGUUGUCCCCAGCUGGGGCUGUUCACAGUUGUCACCUGCAGACCUGCCUCUCCCUGGCCUGAGGUUCAAAGGCCUCAUUGGGUGGUCAGUCCAGUGGGGUCACUUGUUGUUUCUGUACAACAGCAGGGAAGGGGCCAUGGAGCUUUUCCCUGCUGGGUGCUCCUGCUUUGGCCCAGCCCACCUGUCCUGGUGCUCCAAGCUAGGAGGCUGUGGCCCCUGCCUGAGGAGGGUGUCCUGGUCUCCAGGUGUGGAGCAGGGACUGUGCGCUGGGGGAGGUUCCAGUUAGGCGAUGGGAUCCUGCAGUGGUCUGGUGGCAUUUCUUGGAACCAGAUUUACCUGAGGAGCUCUGUCCUGCUGCCUGUGGAGGGCUCCAGAUAGCUCAGAAAUGACCAGCCAAUGGCCUUUUGUUUGGAGGCCUGAGGUCAAGAGCUGAGAAUAUUCGCUCGACUGAGCGAAGAUGGGGGCAGGCAUGUGGGAGGUCCCUCACUCCACAGGACAAAGGCCCCUGGACAGCAGAGGAAACCUACAGCUCUGGGUGAGGGGACACUUGGCUUUGGUGUUUGCACUUUACAGAUCCUGCGGUCCACGAGGGGCCUCAGGAGAGGACGUGUCAGGACGUGGCUUCCCAGCCUUCUGCCUUGGGCAGUGGGGGUGCUCCUGUCUAUCCUUUUCCCCCACACCCUGGACUGUGUUUGGCUGUUGGUGCACAUGGCUGGCACACACGGUGGGCAGAGGGCAGAGAAUGCCACUGCUUGGAUAUUUUGGUCCCCUUUGACCAGGAAACCCAAGAGGAGACACCUCACUCGGCAGAAAGGCCGCCCGGCUCGCUGGCUCAUUCCAGGAGUGGGAGAGAUGGCAAGGUCUCCUCUUUGCCCUCCGCCAUCAGGAAGGGGACGGUGUCCUCUCCUCGCUGUGGUGGCUUUAGGCAAGGUUCUUACUGUCUGCUCUGCCUCGGUUUCCCCAUCUGGAAAAUGGGGGCAGGGGUACUGACCUACCUCAGGUGGAACAGUGAGCAGGGAACAUGUCGGAGCUCUUUAGAGAGUGUGAUGUGAGGUUGGAUCAACAGUGUGGGUUCCUGUCCUGCUUCCCCUUCCUCUUUGGGGCUGAGGACGGGCUUAAAGGCCAAAUGCUGUUUCCCAACACCCAAAAUCUGCACACAUCUCAUGAAUGCAUCACAUUUCUGUCAUAUGGAUAUUAGCCAUUCCGAAAUCUGUGUAAUCAACUUCACAUUAUUCAAGUUACAAAUCACUGUGUCCAUAGAAAAACUGUGCUGGUAUUUGCUGGACAAAGGGUUGGGCCCCUUUUAUUUUUACCUGCCACCCAGCAUCUCCCCCACCUGCCCCUUCUGGGUGACACAGUCUGUAAACAGAAUCACGUAUGGGUCUUUCUGUGGGUCCGUAGCACAGCAGGAAGAGCCCAGCGCUGCCAGCACCUCGUGGAAGACCACACAUGGGUGGUCCCACAGCAUGGGACCAAGCUGGCCUGAGGGAUGCCCAGUUGUAACAAUGCUGCUGUCACUGUCUCAUUAAAUAUAUGUCCUUUA